AUGAAGUUACAGUCUUCUUCGAUAUUAACCUUUGAGCCAAAAUUACUGAAUCAAAAAUCAAAAAGCUCAAAUAGAUCCAGCCUUGCUUCCUUCCUCAAAUUGCGGCGCACGUUACGUCUUUCUUCCCCGGCGGCGCAUCUUAGCCGUUCCUCAGGCUGCGUUUUCGCUCCCCGUCACUCCUCCCAUAAAGCUAUAACCUUUAGGGUUCAGCGAUGUCGUCCCCACCACCGCGUAACACCCUCCUUCUCUUCCUCUUCAUCAGAGAAACACCCACCACCACCCGACAAUGUACAGAACAGUUUCAGUGACGACAACUCUUCCUCCAAAGUUCUUACAUUGCCCACCGUCUUAACCAUUUGUCGUGUAGCUGCCGUCCCGCUCCUAGUCGCAACGUUUUACGUUGAUGGUUGGUGGGGAGCAACUGCCACCACAAGCAUCUUCGUUGCAGCAGCCGUUACUGACGGGCAUGACGGCUAUCUUGCUCGCAAGAUUAAGUUAGGUUCUGCGUUUGGAGCGUUUUUGGAUCCUGUUGCAGAUAAGCUUAUGGUCGCAGCUACACUCAUCUUACUGUGUACAAAACCUAUCGACGUUGCUGUGUUAGGACCACUCCCAUGGUUACUAACGGUACCGUCUAUUGCAAUCAUUGGUAGAGAGAUUACAAUGUCCGCAGUGAGAGAAUGGGCUGCAUCUCAAAAUGGAAAGCUUUUAGAGGCCGUUGCGGUUAACAACUUGGGAAAGUGGAAAACCGCCACGCAGAUGACAGCACUAACCAUACUUCUCGCAAGCCGGGACAGCAGUGUUGGAUGGCUCGUAGCUUCCGGUGCUGGGUUGCUUUAUGUAUCAGCAGGACUAUCGGUUUGGUCUUUAGCCGUUUAUAUGGGGAAGAUAUGGAAAGAUAUGGAAAGUACUACUGAAGUAGGUUGUAAUCUAUCUAUCUAUCGGUUUUGUUUUGCUUUUAAACCUGCAUUUGCAUGUACGCUUGUUGGAGAGUGUCUCAGUCAUAGUCUGUACAGGGAGCACAAGAUUUGAAUAUGCUGAUUGAUUGAACAGCAGGUAGAAAUGAAGCAGUUGUAGUAGUUUGAGAAUAUGUUAGAUGGUUUUGCUUUGCUCUGCACUUGCAGCUUCUUGUUUAAUUAAUAAUAUUUUAUAAAAAAAAAGGGUUCUUGUAUGAUGUUUUUGUUACAAAAACUUUGUAGUGUUUGUUGGUGAUUAUUGUACAUUGAAUAUGGAUAAUUUUGUGUGAUAUUUCUGUAACAAAAUUAUUAGUGUUUGUUCUUUAUUAAAAGAGUCGAUAAAGAUAGGUAAACUAUAUUUGAAGGGUCUCAAAAGAAACAAGAAUAGCAAAAUUAUAAAAGAGUUUACACACCAGUAUAUUGAAAGUAAUAUUAUUAUUCAUAAA